AGAUUCCUAAUUUAGAGCAUCUUGUUCCUAUACAUUUCUCUACCAUAUAUAUAAAGGAUACAAUAAUAUAUGUUGAUAAUAUAUUUUCUUUCUUCUAAAAUAAAAACUCAGAGAGAGAGAGAGAAAGAGACUAUUUGGUCAACAAAAAAAAAAGAGAGAGAGACGAACGACACUGCAAAUGGCGGAUGAAUCUCCAAAGUCUAUCUAUGACUUCACCGUCAAGGAUAUCGGAGGUAACGACGUGAGUUUGAGUCAAUUCAAAGGCAAAACUCUUCUGAUUGUUAAUGUUGCCUCCAAAUGUGGUCUGACGGAUGCGAACUACAAGGAACUGAAUGUUCUGUACGAUAAAUACAAGGAGCAAGGUUUGGAGAUAUUAGCAUUCCCGUGCAACCAAUUCUUGGGACAAGAACCAGGAAACAAUGAAGAGAUUCAACAGACUGUCUGCACCAAGUUCAAAGCUGAGUUCCCAAUCUUUGACAAGGUAGAUGUGAACGGGAAGAACACGGCGCCGUUAUACAAAUACUUGAAAGCAGAGAAAGGAGGUUUGCUCAUUGACGCCAUCAAAUGGAACUUCACAAAGUUCUUGGUUUCUCCUGACGGCAAAGUCUUCCAGAGAUAUUCUCCUCGAACCUCUCCUCUUCAGUUCGAGAAUGACAUCCAAACUCUGUUGGGACAGGCUUCUUCUUCUUGAUCAUCAUUACAUGUUUCAAGAAUGGGAUUCGCAUAUUUCGAUUUUCGUUUACUCCAUGUGAUGUUAAGAAUCAAAAACAUUGCAUUCUCUCAUUUCUUCUCUGAAUCUGUGUUUGGUGUUUUGAAUAAAUGUUGUCUUUCUCAUUGUUGAGAUGCCGUUUCAUGGAUGAUAUAUCAUAUUUAUCAUGUGACCCUCGUUUAAA